AUGAAGAAUUUUGAGGAAAUAUCAUUUUCAGCUCAUGUACAGCAUAUUGAUAUGAUUAUUGUGGAUUUUGAGAAUCGAUUUGGUGAUUUUAAGGAACUUGAAGAAGAUAUUUCAAUUUUUAGUCAGCCCUUGACUGUCACCAUUGAAAAUGUAAGAUCUGAGAUGGAAUUGUGCGAUUUACAGUCAGAUCCUUUUUAUACCAACAGAAGUGAAAAAGAAGAUUUUUUUAAAUUACUACCAAUAGAGAGAUACCCAAAAUUGAGAAAGUUUGGACUCAAGAUGUGCUCAAUGCUCAGGAGCACAUAUCUUUGUGAAAGCAGUUUCUCAAGUAUGAAAUUCAUUAAAUCAAAGUGCAGAUGUUCAUUGACAGAUAAUUCUCUUGCAAAUUUACUGUGA